AUGAGUAAUAUGUUUUCCAAUGAUGGGGCAGUGAUAUUCAGCUGGCGGUCCUCGAAAUGGUUUGUCCUAUCGACGAUUGCAAUCGCCUUGUUUGCAGAAACCUUCCUUUAUGGAUUUCUUGUGCCCAUACUACCGUACAUGCUUCGAGUUCGAUUGCAUGCCAAUCAAGCCGAACUCCAAGAAUUAACAUCACUCGUUCUCGCCAUCCACGGAAUUGUCUCGGUCUUCUCGGGUCCCAUUAUUGGGCACUUCGCCGAUAAAACCUCCAGUCGCAGACUUCCUCUCCUCCUAUCGCUUGGCGCGUGUAUAGUGGGUACCGGAAUGGUGGCCUGCUCAACUUCACUUGCGGUGCUCUUUGCGGGUCGUGUAAUGCAGGGCAUUGCUGGAUCUUCUGUGUGGAUCGUUGGGCUCGCCACCGUGGCUGAUACAGUGGGUAGGAAUGAUAUGGGCAAAGUCGAGGGGAUAAUGAUGUCUUUCCUCUACACUGGAAUGAUAGGCGGGCCAUUCAUCUCUGGCCUGCUCUUGGAGUAUGCAGGCUAUUGGCUAACCUGGUCUUUGCCGCUUUUCCUCUUGGGCUUAGACUUUAUUGCACGUCUUCUUAUGAUCGAGACCCGAGUGGUGGAGACCUUUGUGCGCGGCCAGGAAACGACAUCAAAGACUGCACAGGAUUCUCGCCCCUUACUCGCAUCAUCUACAACCUCCCAAGCUUGCACCGCUGAAGGAAACUUCUGGCUUAUCGUCCUAUGUGAUGCUCGAGUUCUGACAGCGUUAUUUGUUUCUGUCUCAACAACAACAAUUGGCACCAGUUUCCAUGCCACUCUUCCCAUAUAUGUACAAGAAGCUUUUGGCUGGGGUUCCGGAAAAUGUGGUUCAUUGUUUGCUUGUCUGAUCAUGCCAACUCUCGUCUUUAGUCCCUUGGCUGGAUGGUUGCGCGAUCGUUUUGGAGUCUUAUACCCUGCCAUGGGAUCUGCGGUUUUUCAGGCGGCGAUGCUGGGGCUGUUGGGCCUUGCUGGUACUGAUUUUCUUCCUUGGACUACCCCUGAGGCAUCGGGCGGAGUACUGAUGACGGUCUGCAUCCUUGCCAUCGGUGCAGCGCGGCCCUUUACAAUGAAUGUAGGGCCUGUUGAGCUUUCCACCAUAGUCAAAGCAUAUCAAGAGAGGUUUCCGGGCAUAUUUGGCCCUGAGGGGGGCAUGUCCCGCGUUUUCUCCCUGGAUGAUGUUGCGGCCUCGCUUGGCACAGUCCUGGGGCCAUUGAUUGGUGGCUUUCUCAAGAAGAAUCUAGGGUUUGCUUAUAUGUGCUGGACAUGGAGUGAGUCGGCUCUUCGUCCCAAAAGAUGCAUACUAAACCCUACGAAGGCAUUUUGUGUAUUUUGA